AUGAGUGUUGUUGAAGUGUUAGAUUCCCAUGAAGCCUAUGUUUACGGAAAUAUAGGCUAUGAAUUAUCAAAAUUAGAAUAUGAAAAGGUAAGUAUUGAAGUUGUACAGGGAGUUAAAGUGUACAAAUUGAAGAUAAAAAAUAUAGAAUUAAAGAAAGAAGAAGAUUUUAAUAUUUUAAAGGCUUUAGAUAAAAAUAUCAAAUGUAAACAUUCUGAACCUAUUAAGUAUUUAGAGCUCAAUAAAUGUCCUCAUGAAGGAUGGGAAGAUUUGAUUGAUUACUGGUCAUGUCAUCAAGGAGAAUUUGAAAAACUUAAAAAUCUUAAAAUGAUAGAUAGACCCAAUAGAAUAUUUGUAGCAGAUUUUUACAUCCAAACAAAGAAAAAGUAUUUUCCUAAGUGUUGUAACAAAAGUGAUAAGUUAUUUUUUAAUGAGUUUACCCAUUCUAUUCCAGAUUCUUUACUAAUUUAUACAUUCUUUACUGAAUAUUUUAAACAGUUAGAUUGUAUUUAUAUUCUUUAUAAGGGUAAGUGUUUUAAGAUAAAAAGUUUUUAUCGGUGCCAUCUUUUUAAAGAAGGGAAUUUUGUUGAAGCAAUUAAAGUUGGUGUUAUUGAAGAAGAAAUGAAUAGUAAAUUUAUAAGAGGUUUAAAUGAUUAUUACACUGAGAAAAUAUUCAAAAUGAUAAGAGAAAAUAUCACUGGAAUUAAGCUUUUAUAUUAUAAACUGUCGUUUAUCACUAAAUAA